AUGGUUGGGGAGGACAUCGAUGUGGAACCAACCCAAGCGCUCGAUCUUCAACUUGAUGAUCACGAGGUAAUUGAACCCGAUAUGGACUCUGCCACUAUCUCGUCCGAGAUCGCCGCCGAUCGUAUCGACACAUAUGUCGAUGCCGUCACUGCGCAUGUUGCUGGGUUCUACCACCUGGAAGGAAAGCUAUUUGCGGUGCAAGGGUGGGAUGUAGAGAAGGGUCAUUCUGUGGAUAACUGGUACCACCUGGAGUACAAGGUUCUGAUGGGCGAUGUGGAUCCAAUACUCGUGGCUUGCACUUGUCCGAGCGGCCUGGAUAGUACCUGUAUUCACGCGCAAUUCUUCGUCAAGUACGAUGUCGAGUCCUUGCUAGAGUUUGGGGGUAAUCAAAACUCUGAGCCUUCCCUAGCAAUUAUGUUCCUACAGAACGCCGUUCAAAAUGACAAUGUGGCUUCCUACUUCUCUGUUCUCUCUGCAUCGAGUUCCGCCUUGAAAGGUCGCGCAUUUGUCAAGCACGUCGGCGCCCCUGGGAGUUGGAUAGUAGGAGAUGGUGAGGGCGAUGGAGUCAUGGGCAGCCACAAUGGUCGUGCUGCGGGUAGUCCUGUAAACGAACUUGUCGGUAGUCGCUGUGGGCAGGUAUCCCACCUCCCGAUCAACGUUCCUACAUGGGCGUCUUUGCCCAGCGACCCCCUCCACUACCCUACACCACCACCCUUCCGCUCUCCCCCUGAUCAUCCGUUCCUCCUGGACUCCCAAUCAUCUUGCCCUUGUCCCGAGGGGAGAACGUUCUAUGACGAGGGACGACCGUCAGAACUGCGUCAAUGCAAGAUCUACACGCUUUGCGGGGUACUUGUCCAUCUCAUCCAGCUUCAGCCUUGCCCGCGAUGCCCACCCUCUCGUCGUCGAUUCAUCGGCCCUGAUCUUCGCGAGAAAGGCCUCUUCAACUUCAACAACACUAUUCUGGUUUCGCACGAACUGUUGGACGAAUAUACUAGUGCGUAUACCAGCUCCGAGACUCCGUUCUCCUCGUGGGUGCUCCACCUUUCGCGACGCUACCGAGCGACUGGGGACAGCUUCAUGGGGGAGGACUUGUUUCGCACAGUGUGGUUCUCCUACGUGUCGUUGCAAGGGUUCUCUAGCGAUAUGAAGUGCUCGAGGUGCGGUGACUACCCCGAGACCGUCAUUUGGGAUGGUAUAACGCUGGCGUUCGGGAGAAAGCACCUAACUUCGACGCUGAAGCCUCCCACAAAGGUUUCCGAUUCGUCUUUGGUCCGCAGGAACGUCAGGUACAACCCUCGCCAACAGCUUAUUCUUGAUGCUGCUCUUCGAAAGCAGGUCCGAUUGGCAGUAGACCCCCCAAGCCUGGACGCACUCACCGAGCUUGAAGAAGAAGGCGCGAUCACAUCGUCGCCUUCCAAAGGUCGUAGCCGCGAACUAAAGGCGAUCGGGGAGCACCUGAACAGGGUGAACACCGUAAAGGAGAGUCUGGAGGAGAUUUGCCCAGCUCUGGGGGCGCUUUUCGAAGAGAGCUUUGGGGAGUCUACAUAUGCUCAACGAAGAAAGACGCCUGCGGCAUACAAGAGCUUUUUCAUUCAGAUCGCCGCUGAGGAGUCAGUGCUUCAGCUUAUCAACAACUCAUCACUUAACGCGCUGCGAUCGUUUAUGGCGAACCCUACGAAGGAGACGGCCACACAAAUCCUCGGGAUUCCGGCCCUCUACAAGCUUGUACAAGUACAUGAAGACAUUACCUCUCUCGUUCCCAUCAUGUCGUGGCUCAUGGAACGAGCAUCCACGGUUCUGUCGAUGUUGAAGGUGGAGGACCCCCUCCCUGAUGUACAGGAUGCGGUUGGAGACCAUGGGGCAGAUGGAGACUGGAAGCAGGGCUGA